UUUGUUUGAGUUUCAAACUUGAAAAGAAGAAAGAAAGAAAAGACGGUGGCACGAAAGGGCGCCCUCGCCCUCUGCGUUUAAAUUAGCCCACCACUCUCUCUCCUUCUCUGUGCUGUGCUGCUAGAGAGAGAGAGAGGGGUUUAGGUUAAGGAUCGGUUGAAGAUGAUAGUAAGAACUCCCCCGACGAAGAAGCAACGGGCGGCGGCGCCGGAGACGGAGACCCCACCGCCUGCCCCAGGCCCUGGCGCGCUCGUCAUCUUCGAGGACGACCCUCCUCCUCCUUCUUCUUCCCUUCCACCUCCGGAUUCCUCCUCCCACCACUUGCUCUGCACCUACCAAUGCCGCCAAAUGGUUAAAUCAGACUUUAUAGAUGCCUUGAGCGACGCGGAGAAGCAAGCUUCUGAUUAUCAAUCUAAAUUGGCAGCUUUAAAUGAGAACUUUUGCAGAGUUGAAUCUGAGAGGAAGAAAUAUCUGGAUCAAUUUUUGUAUGCGGAACAAGAACUUGCUGCUGCAAAGGGACGUGAACAGGCUCUGCAGGAGCAGCUUUUGAAGGAGGUGCACGAUUCUCAUCAAAGAUUGACUAAACAAUUACAAUCAAACGGUGAACUUGAGGUGAAGCUUCAAAAUGAAAUGAACCUUCGCAUGAAAGCUGAGUCUUCAGCAGCUUUGGCUGAGGAGAAAGCAAGUGUUGUAGAGGGGAAACUGAGACAUCUUUCUGAAAGCAUAGAGAGGGAAAAAAAGCGUCUCAAUAACGAUUUUUCCCAGCUGAAAGGAGAAUCCAAGCUUUCUGUGUCUAGAAUAACUGCAGAUCUUGAACGAAUGGAAUGCAGAGCUCAUAAUGCUGAGAAAGAAUCAGAGCUAUUGAAAAAGCAGCUGGAUGAUAUUAAGAAACAACUUAGCGAGUGCGUGCAACAAAAAAGCGAAAUGGAGAAGAAACUGUCGAGUUUUACUUUUCAAGAAGUUGAAUCCACGGAGAAUAAUAUUCUAGUUAAACAUCUGCAAGAAGAGCUUAGAAACUUUGAUGCUGAAGUGAGGGAAGCAAGAAAGCUGAAGUUGGCUCAUGAAAAUGUUGAGUUAUUGAAGGAAAAAUUGUUGGAAGAAAAGGGCCGUAGAGAGAGGGCAGAGGCAGAGUUAUCCAAACUACAAGAAUUACAGCUUAGUAUGAAGAAGUUGGAGGAUGAAUUGACAUCUUGGAAGUUGAUAAGUCAAGACAUUCCAGGCGUGUCAUGUUCUGAGGAUGUACCUGUUAAAUUUGCAGCCUUACAAAAAGAGGUAAUUGAUAGCAUGAUGAAAGUGGGUGAGGCUAAUGCUGCCUUGAAACAAUUGGAGGUAGCUCUAGAUGCUGCAAAAAUUGAUAAACAAAAUGCUGAAAUAGAGGCUACACUGGCCAAAGAGAAGGUCGAUGUAUCAAAAUCAGAGGUUAAGCACAUUGAAUUGAUGCUCUCUAUGGUUACUGAGGAAAGAGAUAAGUUGAGAAAUGUCCUUAAUGGACUGAAGUCGGCAAAGAAUGAUGAAGCUGGAGAUGAAGCAGCCAGUCAAACUUUUCUUCAGGAGGUUGAAUCAUCACUUGCAACGAAAGAGGCCUACAUUAAAGAAUUGGAAUGUGGUCUGUGUGAACAAAAAGAAGUUAAUAGUAGUCAACGUGAAGAAAUAAAGUUGCUUAAUGAGAGGUUGAACAAUGACGCUAGAAGAAUAAAGUCAUUGGAGAGGGAGAGCGAUCGACUUCGUUCAGAGAUCGCUCUGCUGGAGUCCAAGAUUGGUCAUGGCGAUUUCUCUGCUGCAAAUACUAAAGUUUUAAGAAUGGUGAAUACUCUUACGGUUGAUAAUGAAGCAAAACAAACUAUUGAGGCAUUACAAACUGAGUUACAGAAGACAAAGGAGAAGUUACAAGCUGUUGAAGAAUUGAAAAGUCAAUCAGGUGAUGCUGGAACAUUGGUGGAUUCCUACAUAUCUGGGAAGAUAGUGCAGUUGAAAGAACAAAUUGCAACUCUGGAAAAACGUGAAGAAAGGUACAAGACUGUUUUUGCCGACCGAAUUUCAGUGUUCAGGAGGGCAUGUUGUGAGCUCUUUGGUUACAAGAUUGUGAUGGAUGAACACCAGCGUCCCAAUGGAAUCCCUGUUACACGUUUUACCCUCCAAUCUAUAUAUGCGCAAAGUGAUGAUGAGAAGCUUGAAUUUGAAUAUGAAUCAGGGAGCACAAACAUUUUGGCAAAUGAUUACACCUCGCAGUCUGAGAUAUCUCAACAGGUUGAGAUAUUUAUUCGGAAGUUGAAUUCAAUCCCAGCUUUCACUGCCAACUUAACAGUGGAGUCUUUCAACCGGCGAACCCUGACUUAAAAGCAAUUCAACUUUGAUUUCUACUACAGAUGAAUCACCAAGGUUGUAUAUUUGACUUAUCAUGUUUGAAACACAAAUUGUGUAGCAGGUAUGCCAUUUAUAUAGGUUUGUCUUUUCUCUGGAUACUGUGAACAGUCCUUUUCUAAGAAGAAGUUACGAAUGGAAAAACUAUCAAAUAUUUAACCC